UUGUGAUUUACAAUACAGGCUGCCGUUACGGAACGUGACGCUAUCUCCCCGCCAAGACCACUGAUCCUGCGCUGCCAUUGGUGCAAAAGUGCUCAAAAACGAAGGAAUAACAAUACACUGAUAAUUCCCGCAGCGCUGUUACCUGGAUCAACCAGCACCGCGCUCUGCCUGCACUGCGCUCCUCCUCGCAUCAACCCGCGCCCGCCUCCUGCGCUUGCACCUGGUAUAAGAGUUCCCGUCACCCACACUUCGCGGCUUCCUCUUCUUCCCUCUUCAUUCAUCCACACCCGUUCCUGUGCCAUUACUCAGACACCUUUGUCAAACCAAAUCCAUCUCUCAUAUCACUCUAUCCUCUAAUUUUCGCCUUUUCCGCGAUUCAAAUCAUUUGAAAUGGCCCCAAAAGCUGCUGAGAAGAAGCCCACCACUGGCGGCAAAGCCCCAGCUGGCAAAGCCCCUGCUGCUGAGAAGAAGGAGGCUGGCAAGAAGACCGCCGCCGCCCCAUCUGGUGACAAGAAGAAGCGUGGCAAGACGAGAAAGGAGACCUACUCUUCCUACAUCUACAAGGUUCUCAAGCAAGUUCACCCCGACACCGGUAUCUCCAACCGUGCCAUGUCCAUCCUGAACUCUUUCGUCAACGACAUCUUCGAGCGUGUUGCCACUGAGGCUUCCAAGCUUGCUGCCUACAACAAGAAGUCCACCAUCUCUUCCCGAGAGAUCCAGACCUCCGUCAGACUCAUCCUUCCUGGUGAAUUGGCCAAGCACGCUGUCUCGGAAGGCACAAAGGCCGUCACCAAGUACUCCUCUCAGAGCAAGUAAAUGUGCUCAUCGGGGCAUGGAUGUGCUUGAUUCUUGGGGUUUUGCGUUUUUUCUCUCUGCAAUGGGGUUGCGGCACAAUGGAACAAUGGUGUUGACUGGGUUUUACAACACUUUUAUGAAUGCGUCAUGGGAACUGGGGAUCAAUGAGAUGAGCUCGGGUCGGGCUUUGAAUUGCUUGCUCAUAUGCAAUUGGGGCAUGCUUUACGGUUUUCAGAGCUUCUUGUUUCAUCAUUGACAUGGUGGGAGGACCAGUGUACAAUACUCACCACGCAAUGGAAAUGAGAUAUGGCAGACCUCCAGCUCGUGCGAGUUGGAGUACGCAGAUGAAGAAACCAAAUUGAAAGCAUCAGAUCAAUCAUUUGCGCUCCAGUUCUAUGUCUACGUCCUACAAGUAAUCAUGGCCUCCAUCGAGGCUCUGCUGGUAGGUUUGCGAUUGUUUUGGAACGCGUCGCGAUGCACGCUAGACACGCCACCGGUCACGUCGACACGACCCGCGACUCGCGGAGGUAAGGUUUCGCGCUACAACCCUCUCGAUGUGAUGGAAUGCAGUGCGUGUACAAAGCACAGGCCUCGGUAUGCUACGGACUCAAUGGUUUGUCGCGAGAGGGCGCCAGGUCAGAAUCGAAUAAUGGUGCACCUGUUGCUCAAGUUGGGAGCGGUUAUAGCAGGCAGGCCAGCAGUAUCGGAACCGACAUCUGGAAGUAGUCUUACGACUUCUCCAUACUACACAGCGAUGGAAUGAAAUCCUCUUGGAUGGAGAAGAAUAGAAUCUCAGCUUCUUUCGGAACCAUUGCGCAUCAUAGUACUUGUCCGUCCGUCCAUCCAUCCGUUUGUUCAUUCAAUCAUUCAAUCAUCCUCAUAAUCCAAACUAGAAGAAUAAGGCAGUCAGACGCCGGUUGCAAUUCACACACAACACUCAAGAGCAUCCCAAGACACACAAAAUUCGCAACGUGAUUGUCCAGUCUGAUAGGACAAAGUCAAGGCAGACCAUUGAAGGCCAAAUCCAGGAAGGAGCUGAGACAGGGUUCGGGUUUCAUUGGAUUUGAAACAGUCGCAAGCGACACCCACCACUCGAGUCACACUGGGUCUAGCUUUGACCUUCAUGCUCGCCCUCGUUUCCCGUCACCGUUA